CGUCGCGGUUCUGGCGGCGGCGAAGCAGAGGGACGGAACUAGUAUCAAGCAGGACACGAUCGCGGUUGGAAGUACUUAUGGCAAAAAGACUCAAAGAUCGCACUUUUUAGACGAUCGGGAAUGUUCACCACUGGAGUUUAUGGUGUAUGUGAAGAAGAACUGACCAACUAUGGGGAGAAGAGUUCGAGGCUCUGGACCUUAAUUUUACCUAUAAUCAGAUUCUAUGGGAUAUUCACCUCUGUAGUUUUUUGUGGAGUUGGGAUUGAUAUUGCCCUGCACAAACAUAAUAUUGGAGUAUUUUAUAUUAUAUGCUCAAUGGUUGUUUUCUUUUUUGAAAUAACAUGGGUAAUUACAUUAUUUCUUCAGAUGUGUCUGGUAGAUGAACUUCACCCUUGUUUCCAGUGUUGGGAAAAAGUUCUUUGGUUUAGAUUAUGGAAAAAAUCCAUUCUCUACUCGCUAUUUGCAUUCAUUCUUUUUGUAAAACCGAAAAAUGUGUGGCUUUCCCUUAUGGCCGGAAUUCUCCUUUUAUUUUUGGCCGUUCUGUAUUUACUUCUGACAUAUCGAUCUCGAAACCAAUUUAGGAUGGUUCCCUCGCCUAGGUUGCUAAGAACCCAUUCAUCUAAUCGCCAUUCCCCUUUCGAUAAAUAUGAAGACAUGACUGAGAUGAUGGAUGAUAUAAUCACACGCCCUAUGUCAAGUAAUAGGUUGGCUGAUUUGGAUAAUGGCACUCUACUCGAAAUGUAGAAAUAUUGAAAUCAUCAAAAUGAAACUACGGUGUUGUUGGUCAAACAAUGUAUAUAACUAAAAACUGUAAAUACAGAUAAAUAAUAUUUUUUCAUAAUAAGUAUUUGUACCCGAUAAGUUGUCUAUUUGUUAAUUACAAAUUGUGAUACUAUUAUUUUUUUUAUAAUGUUUUUUUUUUAGAAAAGUAGGUGUAUAUAAAUUAGCCGAUUUCAUAAGCUUAGUGGGUGAUUGUAGAUAUUUAUUUAAUUUAAACUUUAUCAUGAUGCAACAAAACAAAAAAGUAAAACACUCGUGGUCUAUGAUCGUAAGGUUCAAAGAUAAAAUUGUCUUUCUUUUAGAUAUAAUUGUUAUUAGAGCUUAAAAUGUCACUACCUCAGUCAUUUUACUGUAAUUAUAGAUAAUUCGAAACUAAAUAUUUUUCGUAUCAUUAUUGAAUGAUUAUUUAGAGAUCGUGAGAUGCAGUCUGGGGUUUAGGUUUAGAA